AUGCAGCCAGCAGAGGAUAGACCUCACGAACCACCCCUAUCAUCAACCGGCCACCCUCUCCCCCGACGAUCUUCACCAGAAAACUCCAUCACGCUGCGACACCACCAACUCGCUCACGAUAACUCCCUGUUGAAGGCAAACCGCGGCCCAGGUCCGCCGGAUCAAGGCAACCAAGAUGCAUCAUCGCCUCGUCGAGCUUCAUCGGGGGAGAGUCACGAAACUGGCCAGAGUGAUGCCAAGAAGUGGUUCAACCAGUCCAACCAAAAUCCAACGGCUACCUUUGAUAGCAAUGCCAUGGAUGUUGACCCACCAUUCUUUCAAAAAGAAUCAGACUCCUCCAACGAAGACAAGCCGUAUCAAUUUCAACCAGCCUUGCCUCGACUCCAGUCCAAAGCCCGUAGCAGCAGUGCUGAUGACUACCGAAGCGUCAUCGACGAUCUCACCGUAGAGAUCCAAAAGUUGAAGGAAGAGUUGAAGCGCUACAGGCAGCACGGUCCUGAUAUGCUUCGGAAAGAUAAACUGUUUGAAAUCAAGAUACAUGGGUUGCCGAAGAGGAAAAAACGUGAACUGGAGGCCACGCUUCGAGACUUUACAGCGAGUUUGGGUGACUCGCCCGAUACCUCUUCGUCUCAGCGCUCAAAGUCACAGUCGAAGCAUGCUUCGUCGUCCUCUGGAUCGCAUACACGACCAGUUGACUCGGCCUACGCGUCCAUGUCGACUGGUGCCGGCUCGUCUGGGACUUCGUUAAAUAGACCUCAAGGAGGCUCGAGGUUCAAGACGAACGACCAGAAAGUAGAGAACUAUUUGCGCGAGAUCCCCGAGGGUCUGUAUCCCCGUUUUGUCGCCAUGACCGAAAAAGAAAAGAAGAAACUAGUCGUCCGUCGUCUUGAGCAAAUAUUUACGGGGAAAAUCGGAGCACAGGCAAUAUCGGGCAAUCCCUCUCCCCAGCGGUCAUCUCUGGAACAUCAAUCCGGACAUACGGGGAAAAAGAGCAGAUCCCAAGACAUGGGCUCAGCGUCCAACUCUAACGAAGAUCAAACCGAAUCAGGGGGCAACGGCAACAGCAGCGGCAACGGCAACGGCAAUGGUUCAGGGACCAAUACGUCGCCGCCUAUGCCGCCGCCUCCCGAGCAGCGACCCACGAGGCCUAGGGAUCUCGAUCCUGAUCGAGUCCAGAUCCCUUCUGAGAACAUGGAGUAUAUAAGGCAUUUAGGCCUUGUCCCUCCAGAGCUACUCUCAAACCCUCCAGAACGGUCAACCGACGACGUUCGUCCUGACGAGGAUGGUUGGGUGUAUUUGAAUCUCCUCUGCAACAUGGCGCAAUUGCACAUCAUGAAUGUCACCCCGGACUUUGUACGAAAUGCCGUUGUGGAUCUGAGCGCAAAGUUUCAGCUCUCGCCAGAUGGCCGAAAAAUAAGAUGGCGCGGUGGUACAGACGGCACCAAAUUCAGUAGCGAUAGUUCAGGCGACCAUUCGCAGCGGAGUCCAGAAACGGAUGACACAGAUACAAAAGCUGACCACCACAAGAGACAGAAGACCGGUCACUCAACUGGAGAUUCUGGGAGCUCAGGCAAUAACUUAUCCAAAUUUGGACCACAAGUUUCGGCAUCAUCCGAGAGCUUCCACUACAAACCUCUGUUCCUUCAUCAGCAGUCGCCCCACGAGCAAUCGUCGAUGGAGGAUGGUACACUGUCGUCUUUCGGUCCCAUCGAGGAGAGUAAUGCAGACUCGCGGUGGGGCCAGAGCGGCUCUGGCGCCUCAAAUCGUCGUAAACGUCGUCGCGAUGGUGCCAUCAUCUACUAUAGUGGUGCUCCGUUUUGCACCGACUUAUCUGGAGAUCCAGGAGAUAUAUCGCCAACAACGUACAUGCUAUCGAGUGGAAGGGAGCGGUUGGAUCCUCAGGUGCAGUUUGUCCGGCCGAUACCCUAUCGAUCGGGAUCAGGAUCUUCGAUGACCAGGCGGCCGUUGAGUGAUGCUAAUCUUGACCUUGGUUCCGUACCCAAGUUGGACGUCAGCGAUGGGGUUAGCAUGCCCGAGUUGGUAACCGACUCAGGGGAUGAAUCCAGUGACAUCAGCAUGGAGUUUCCUUGGAGUGAUGCACAACAAAUACUUGAAGUUCGCCCCCUUGAACCAUGUGGUCUAGGUGGUGUCCUACCAGAGGAUCACUUCAUGGUGGUGGUUACAACCAGGCGAUCGAAGCUUGAUGCAUAUGUCGGUCAGAGCAGUGUGGGUCAGCCUAAGUUGUCUGAAGAAACGACAGAUCACAUCAUCAAUCGGCUAGCCACAAUGUCAACUUCGUCGCCUCGCUUGUCUGUCCGUCGACUGCCGAAGAUGGAUGAUCUGUCGAAAGUCAAGAUUGAAUACCUUUCGGGCCGCAUCAAGCGCCUGAAUCCAGUACCGCUUCCUCCGCCUGCCAUAUUUUUCCCACCUUUUAGUACAGGAUCGUGGUCGGAGGACGAAUUUGGAUCCGAUGGAGAUGAUGAAUUCAAUUCUUCAGAAGGGCUUAUGAGCCGACGAGCAAACCCGCAUGAGUCAGAUGAUUAUCCCGACGGUGUAGACUUGAGCAGCGGCGAUGAAGAUGGAGAAGAGCCCGAUGACGAUAUUGACAUGACGAGGAAUGAGGGGCGAGAUAACAGCUUGGAUGACAUUUCACAGCAGGGACUUGGUCGGGUCCCACUCGGAUCACGGGGUAGCACCGAGGCAGUCCCAGGAACUAUUCGUGGAAGAAGCAAAAGCGCUAGCGCCGAGGCAGUUCUCCGCGCGGGAGGCAGUUCUGCAGCCACUGCAGGAGGCAUCGAGAGCGAUUAUAGCAGCAGCUCCAAGAAGAGCGGCUGA